CGCGAGGUAUUUGUUGCGGCGGUGCUCGCUCUGCGCAAUGCGGGCGUGGAUUUGCCUCCCCUGUGACAGAUCCCGGCAGUUCUUGAGCAGUGCUCCCCAGGAGAGCAAGCAAUCCUCUGAGGUGUCUGUGGAAAUCACGAAAUUGGGGAAGAGCAAUGCCAUAAACUUUGCUGGAUCUCACACGCAUUCGCGAUUCGCGAGGUAUUCCUUGCGAGAAUCCGGGCGCGACCUCCACAGCUCUUGAGAAUCCUGGACGGAGAAAGAACAUUCCAAUCUAGCUUGGAGAUCACGGCUAAGAAGAAGAAGAUAAUCCAUCUUGCCUUGCAAGAACAAGGACACCCUGGAAGAAGCAAAGAUUUUACUCUCUGGUGACAAUUCCUCUACUCCACUGGGCUUAUAAGAUUGGCUCUCUCCUCCAUUAUCUAUAGCAAUGAAUUUCCAUCUCUCUUUCUUGCUCCUCGAGAUACUAGUGUUCUUGAGAGCUGUCGCCCUAAAUUCGCCCCCACCGCUCCCUCUCCGCCCAAUUCCCUCAUGGCGCCAGCUCCAGUUCCACUCGCGCCGCCUCUCGAUGUUCUUCCACUUCGGCGUCAACACAUUCACGGACUCGGAGCGUGGAUCCGGCCACGAAUCGCCCUCCAUCUUCAACCCGGAGCGAUUGAAUGCGUCGCAGUGGAUGGACGCGGCCCAAUCCGCGGGCGCGCAGCUCGUGAUCCUCACGGUCAAGCACCACGACGGGUUCUGCCUGUGGCCCUCGGCCUACACCAAUUUCUCCGUGGCUAGCAGCUCUUGGCGAGGAGGGAAGGGGGAUGUGGUGGCCGAGUUCGUGGCUGCCGCCAGGGAGCGUGGAUUGGACGUGGGCUUUUACCUCUCGCCAUGGGAUUUGCACGAGAGCUGCUAUGGCGACACUCUUCUCUACAACGAGUUCUACUUGGCUCAGCUCCGAGAGCUUCUUACUGGAUAUGGGCCGAUCUCCGAGGUGUGGCUGGAUGGUGCGAAAUCACCCACUGCAGUGAACAUGAGCUACGAUUUUGAGCUCUGGUUUGACACGAUUCAUCAGCUGCAACCCGGUGCCAACAUCUUUUCCGACGCUGGCCCCGACAUCCGAUGGGUUGGGAACGAGUAUGGCGAGGCCGGACAACCAUGCUGGGCGAUGGCGAACAGAUCUUCCAUUACGAUCGGCAGGAGCGAUGGCCAGUACUUGAUGUCUGGAGAGAGUGCUGGAACCGACUGGCUCCCUCCGGAGUGCGAUAUCUCCAUCAGGCCCGGUUGGUUUUGGCACAGGAACGAGGCUCCAAAAUCCCUGGAGCAGCUGCUCGACGUUUUCUACAAAUCAUCCGCCAGGAACUGCUUGCUCCUGCUCAACGUCCCUCCAAACUCGUCGGGACUGAUCGACGAAUCCGACUUCCAGACGCUGGAGCGGUUUAGCUCCGCCAUAGAUUCCAUCUUCAGCGUCAACUUAGCAGCGAAUCCCUUGUCCGUGACAGCAAGCAGCGUUCGCAGCUCUUCGUUCGGGCCGAAGCAAAUACUUGACGAGCGUAUGGAAACUUUCUGGGCUCCAAUGCAAGGGGAGUCGACCGGCUGGAUCGAGCUUGAUCUUGGCAAGGUCUCAAUGUUCAACGCACUAGAGAUCCGAGAGCCAGUAAACAUGGGACAAAGGGUCAUGGAAUAUCACGUCGAGGCAUGGGACAGCGAGCUGGGCUGGUACCUGGUGAGCAACGGUAGCACCAUUGGUUACAGGAAAGUGGAUCGACUGGAAGAGGAUCAAGUAUGCGCUGCUCGCCUCGUUCGACUGCUGAUUGACACGUCACGGGGAGAUCCAUUGAUCUGCUUCUUUGGUUUGUACUUCGAUAUGUACAACCUCAGGCACUUGUCUUCUAUUUAGAAGAGAAACUACAAGAGGAUAUGUAUAUUUCAUGGAUACACUUUUCAGGUAUGAGAAACAUAGCUUUGAGUUGGAAA